CCCUUCUUUCCCCUACUUCCCCACCACAACAUUAUUUACCUCCAACACAACUCUACUCAACACAACACAAACUUAUUUCAUUCUCUCACUCUUUCUCUUCACUUCCACCAAAUCUCAAUCUCUCCUUCUCUCUUUGUUGUUCAUAUGGCUCUUGAGGCGUUGAACUCGUCCAAUCCACCGAUGAAAACCAAUGAGAGCCUCAUGAUGACCAAGAAGAAGCGGUCCAAGCGGCCUCGCCUCGACUCCCCUCCUUCCGAGGAGGAGUACCUCGCUCUCUGCCUUGUCAUGCUCGCUCGCGGCGCCACCUCCGAAGAAAAGGAACAACAACAACAACAACAACAAAGGGUGACGUACAAGUGUGGAGUAUGUGACAAGGAGUUUCUUUCUUACCAAGCUUUAGGCGGUCAUAAAGCGAGUCACCGGAAACCGGCUGUCGUAGACGGUUUACAUACCGUGAUCGCAACAACCGCAACCGCCAUGUCAUCUUCCUCCACCUCUACUGGCGGUGGAAAAUCACACGUGUGCACGAUUUGUAACAAGUCUUUUCCUAGUGGUCAAGCCUUAGGUGGUCACAAAAGGUGUCACUAUGAAGGUGGGAUUAGUAAUAUUAAUAACAAUAAAAGUAUUUCGGCUACCGCUACGGCAACCGCUAACGCCGCCGCGAACUCCACCGUAUCUGACGGCGCCGCCGCUACAUCCACCGUGACACAUAGUCGUGUCGAUUUCGAUUUGAAUUUACCGGCGUUUCCUGAUAAUCAUUUGACCGUUGACUUUGAUGGUGUUAUCAAACAAGCUUGUUUUGAUCAAGAGGUUGAAAGCCCACAUCCAUCUAAGAAGCCUCGCCCUUUUAGUCUUCAUUGAUUUAUUAAUUACUUCAUAAAAAAAUACUUUUUUUUUUGGGUAUUUCUUGUACAUAAUAGAGAGCUUAAUUCUUGUCAUUAUGAUUAUAAUUAUUAUUAUUGUUGUUACAGAAUUAUUAUUGGGUGAAAUAUUUAUUAAUAAAUGAUACUGGUAGGAAUUACAUAUUCAUUUGA